UCGCCUUUUGUUCGGUUACUGAGUUGCUGCCUUGGCCAGAGUCUGGAGCAGCCGCCGCCCGAGCGCGCCGAUCUCAGUUCGCAGCCCGCGCCGGCUCCCAUCCCGGCCCGACCCCUACUCAGCCCGGCCAGGCUCCAAACGCAGUGUGGCCUUCUUUCUGUAAUGCAAAAAGAGAGAAAACUACCAGGUGUGGUCUGCGAAGAGAGUACUGUGAAGCAGCCACCAUGGAGGUGAUGAACCUAAUCGAACAGCCCAUCAAGGUGACUGAGUGGCAGCAGACAUAUACCUACGACUCUGGCAUCCACUCGGGGGCCAACACCUGUGUGCCCUCGGUCAGCAGCAAGGGCCUCAUAGAGGAGGACGAGGCCUGCGGGCGCCAGUACACGCUCAAGAAGACCACCACCUACACCCAGUCGGUGCCCCCGGGCCAAGGUGACCUGGAGUACCAGAUGUCCACGACCGCCAGAGCCAAGCGGGUGCGGGAGGCCAUGUGUCCCGGUGUGACAGCAGAGGACAGCUCGCUGCUGCUCACCACCCAGGUGGAGGGGCAGACCACCAACCUGCAGCGGCUGGCCGAGCCAUCCCAACUCCUCAAGUCGGCCAUCGUACAUCUCAUCAACUACCAGGACGAUGCUGAGCUGGCCACCCGGGCCCUGCCUGAGCUCACCAAACUGCUCAAUGAUGAGGACCCGGUGGUGGUGACCAAGGCAGCCAUGAUCGUGAACCAGCUGUCAAAGAAGGAGGCGUCUCGGCGGGCGCUGAUGGGCUCGCCCCAGCUGGUGGCGGCCGUCGUGCGCACCAUGCAGAACACCAGCGACCUGGACACAGCCCGCUGCACCACCAGCAUCCUGCACAACCUCUCCCACCACCGCGAGGGGCUGCUUGCCAUCUUCAAGUCUGGCGGCAUCCCCGCCCUGGUCCGCAUGCUCAGCUCCCCUGUGGAGUCGGUCUUGUUCUAUGCCAUCACCACGCUGCACAACCUGCUGCUCUACCAGGAGGGUGCCAAGAUGGCAGUGCGCCUGGCAGACGGACUGCAGAAGAUGGUGCCCCUGCUCAACAAGAACAACCCCAAGUUCCUGGCCAUCACCACCGACUGCCUGCAGCUCCUGGCCUAUGGCAACCAGGAGAGCAAGCUCAUCAUCCUGGCCAAUGGAGGACCCCAGGCCCUCGUCCAGAUCAUGCGCAACUACAGUUAUGAGAAGCUGCUCUGGACCACCAGCCGCGUGCUCAAAGUGCUGUCCGUAUGUCCCAGCAACAAGCCUGCCAUUGUGGAGGCUGGUGGGAUGCAGGCCCUGGGCAAGCACCUGACGAGCAACAGCCCCCGCCUCGUGCAGAACUGCCUGUGGACCCUGCGCAACCUCUCGGAUGUGGCCACCAAGCAGGAGGGCCUGGAGAGCGUGCUGAAGAUUCUGGUGAACCAGCUGAGCGUGGACGACGUCAACGUCCUCACCUGUGCCACGGGCACUCUGUCCAACCUGACGUGCAACAACAGCAAGAACAAGACGCUGGUGACACAGAACAGUGGUGUGGAGGCGCUCAUCCACGCCAUCCUGCGCGCGGGCGACAAGGAUGACAUCACGGAGCCUGCCGUCUGUGCCCUGCGCCACCUCACCAGCCGCCACCCUGAGGCUGAGAUGGCCCAGAACUCCGUGCGUCUCAACUAUGGCAUCCCAGCCAUCGUCAAGCUGCUCAACCAGCCCAACCAGUGGCCACUGGUCAAGGCAACCAUUGGCCUGAUCAGGAAUCUGGCCCUGUGCCCAGCCAACCAUGCCCCACUGCAGGAGGCAGCGGUCAUUCCCCGCCUUGUCCAACUGCUAGUCAAGGCCCACCAGGAUGCCCAGCGCCACGUGGCUGCUGGCACACAGCAGCCCUACACGGACGGUGUGAGGAUGGAGGAGAUUGUGGAAGGCUGCACUGGAGCCCUGCACAUCCUUGCCCGGGAUCCCAUGAACCGCAUGGAGAUCUUCCGACUCAACACCAUCCCCCUGUUUGUGCAGCUCCUCUACUCCUCGGUGGAGAACAUCCAGCGCGUGGCCGCCGGGGUGCUGUGCGAGCUGGCCCAGGACAAGGAGGCGGCGGAUGCCAUUGAUGCGGAGGGCGCGUCGGCCCCACUUAUGGAGCUACUGCACUCGCGCAAUGAGGGCACCGCCACCUACGCCGCUGCCGUCUUGUUCCGCAUCUCCGAGGACAAGAACCCAGAUUACCGCAAACGGGUGUCUGUGGAGCUCACUAACUCCCUCUUCAAGCACGACCCUGCCGCCUGGGAGGCUGCCCAGAGCAUGAUCCCCAUGAAUGAACCCUAUGCUGAUGACAUGGACGCCACCUACCGCCCCAUGUACUCGAGCGACGUGCCCAUGGACCCACUGGAGAUGCACAUGGACAUGGAUGGGGACUAUCCCAUCGACGCCUACAGCGACGGCCUCAGGCCCCCCUACCCAACUGCAGACCACAUGCUGGCCUAGCUGCCCGGACCCGAGUGCAGUUCCCCAUCUGAGAAGUUCUCCGUGCAGAUGAUGGGGCCAGAUAGCCAAGUGCCUGAAUCCGGGCAGCAGGGCUGCAACUUCCUGCGGAGCCCCGUGCCUCCAGAGGUUCUCUGUGGGGUCUUUCUUGGGAUGGUGAUCUGCUCCUGCUUUUCUAUUCUGGGCCGUGGGUCCAGGGCCCGAUAACCCGUUCCCACCCCUGAGGCCCUGGCACUAAAACUUUAGACUCGAGGCACCCACCUUGUCCCCCCCCGAAGCUCCCCUCUCCUCCCAGGCUGCCCAUCUCCAGUGGCUUGGGCCCCACAGCUCUGGCUUCUGAUUUGAUCACUGAACUCCAACUGUGCUGAGUCCCCGGGAUCUUCAGGCCCCAGGUUCAAGGCCAAAAGGCCCAGAAUCCAAAGCUUGUCUUGGAAAGUUCAGGGAUCGUCUGGGAAGAUGGGGUGGAGACACGGAGAGAUUGUUCCUGCUUCAGGACACUGCCUGCUCCCUCCCCGGGACACUCAGUUGGCUUUGGCCUCUCCUAGGAGAGCUUGGGGACAGCGCCCUCGAACCUUCCUCCUGCCCACACAACUACCCUAGCUGACCCCUGAGAAGUGCUCUUGGCUGACCCCUCUGGUGUGCGGUGAGGGGCUUUCUCUUCCUCUUCCUGUUUCAAACUCCCCACCACCACCUCCUGCACACAGGUGUUGGGGGCUGGGGGAGGUCCCAGCAGAGUUUUAUUAUGAUCGCUUUAUGUUUUUGGUUAUUGGUUUUUUUUGUAUAGACCAAAGCAAAGAAAAUAAAACUAACACACUGA